GGGAGCGGAAGUGGAAGUUGGAGUGGAAGUGGAAGUGGUGCUGCGGCUACGGCGGCGGCGGCGGCGGCGCUGAUUAUUCCGCCGAGAGCUCCACCCUUGCCAGCGCCCCAUCCAAGACCUCUCCAGCGGGCAAGAGACGCGGCAUCACGAUUCCUCGGCUAUGGCUCUGGCUCUGGCUCUGGCUCUGGCUCUGCCUCGAGACCUCCCAGCCCGCACAGCCACGCCCACUCCCACGCCCACGCCGCCCCGGAAGAAGACCGCUUUGAAUACGGCGGCAGCCAGAUGCGAUCGGCCUCGCUCAGUGCUGCGCAGAAUGCCACCGCCAGCCACCGCACCGGCCUGGAGAUCAAGACGCUCAGUAUCAACGAGAGCGGCACGCACGCCCUCAUCGCCGGCAAGGAGAUCUUCAAGACGGUCCGCAUUGAAGAUGGCCGCUGUGCCGAGGACUUGAACCUGCGCUCCAAGAUCCGGAGCACGCCCAACCAGGCAUCGGGACAGCCGCGCCAGAUCUACUCCAUCGAUAUCGCAGAUGUAGCCUGGGCCAAGGGGAACACCGGCCACUACGUCGCCGCCGCCACGUCCAGCGGCAAGAUUAUCGUCUACGAUCUGGGCCAUGCCGGAUUACAGGCGGCACAGCUCAUCGAGCAUCAACGACAGGUACACAACGUCACCUUCAGCCCGCACCAGGGCAGUCUGCUGCUCUCCGGAAGUCAGGAUGGCACGGUCCGGCUGUGGGACAUUCGCGAUGUCCGCAACCAGCGACAAGUGGGCGACAUUCCGAGCAAGCGCAAGUUCCAAGGCCAGAGCGAUGGAGUGCGCGAUGUGAAGUGGAGUCCCACCGAAGGCCUCGAUUUUGCGUUUGCAACUGAUGCCGGCGAGCUCCAGCGCUGGGACAUGCGCAACCUGAAAGCCGCCAAGGUCAGAGUCCCCGCACACUCGCUGGCGUGCAAUACUGUCGACUGGCACCCCGACGGCAAGCAUAUCGUCACCGCCGGCAGCGACAAGACCAUCCGCGUCUUCGACGUCUCCGGCAGUCGCCCGAAGCGGGCGGCGUGGGAGAUCAAGACGCCACAUCCCGUGAUGCACGCGCGCUGGCGGCCGUCGUGUCGGUCCAUGAUGCCCGAGGAUAACGGCGCCGGCUUGUGCACGCAGGUGGUGGCCUGCUACGACCGCGACCAUCCCGUCAUGCACGUGUGGGAGUUCCGCCGUCCUCUGCUUCCCUUCCGAGAGCUCCAUCCGUACCCAUCCGCGCCGACCGACAUGCUUUGGCACUCCCAAGAUCUGCUGUGGACCGUCGGCCGCGAAGGUACCCUCCUGCAAACUGACAUCCAGCAUGCUCCUAAGCUCAUCGACAGGUGUCCGGUGCAGGCUAUUGCCGUCUCUCCCCUGGGCGAGCUCACCUUCGCCGCACAAUCACGAAAGCAGCGGCGUGUGCCGAAGCCGGCCCCUCUUCUGGAGACCAAGUCCAGCACCAGCACCAGCCCACCAUCCCAUCUCUUGAGCAGAAGCUGGGCAGACGACGGCGUCGACAAUUCCUUCCUCCGCACAUUGCCUGCCAAAGGACAAGCACGCGCCCACAGCAACAGCCGAGUCUCCGCCCUUCCACAGUCGUCGCGCAGUCCGAACGUGUCCGCGACCAUCAAGCUCGACGACAUCUUGCUCAACCGAAAGACUUUUGUCCCGCAACAGAUUGCAUGCCGAGGACAGCUUCCCGGGCACAACAACCGCAAGUUCGUGGCCUACAUGGCGGAACGAUGGGCCACCCACUUUCAAGCGGCACCGACCGACGAGAACUUUCUGGCGUUUGUCUCCAAAGCAUUUCAAGACAAUGAAGACCAUGCCGCAUCGAUGGGGCUUCUCCAAACGGCACAGACAUGGAAGGUCGUCAGUCACUGUGUGAUGGAUCAUCUCGCCGAACGAAUGGCCGCGAAGCAGUACCGAGCGCUCACUACCACACCGUCUGUGCACGUGAUUAGUCAACAGCAGACACCGAUCGAAAGCCUGGCGUCACGCUGUGCAUCACAAUACAUGAAGCCGCCUGCGCAAUCACCAGGAAGCAGCCGGCCCGUAUCCACCAUUGCGCAACAGCUCGCCGUGCCAGAGAGCACCUCCAACGUGCCCACACCACUUGCUCGUCCGCAGACAGGUGACCGCGGCUCACUGCCCGAUCUCGACGCCAGUGAGGGUAUCGCUCUUCCGCCGUCCCUCACCUCAGAGCUCCGCCCGCCGCCUUCGUCAGCUCCGCGUCCACUCAGCUCCUCAGCUCGCAGAUUGACCAUGGACAGUCUUGCAGAGAUGCAAGCGAUGCAGAAGCGGCAGACAUUCGAGGAGACUGCGGAGCGUAGCGAGAUGGUGAAGCGGUGGAGCUCGCAAGCAAAGACGGUGCUCAACCUUGACCCAGUCGAUAACCGCGGCGUCAGAAUUCCACUCUCGAAGUUGGAAGACCACGGCAGUGGUGAGAGCUUCCAAUUUCUGGAAGACUCAGCUGGGUCCAGGGAAGCAUCGUUCCCCGCGUCAUUCGAGAGCAGCAAGCACAAAGGGUUGGACAUGCCUUCUGCUCACCCCACCCGGCCCAGGCCAUCUCGCACGCAAACGACAGAGUCUCUGGAAACAGAUGAGGAUGAGGUCACGGGAGACGAUGGCGGCGCAGGCUCCACUGACUUCGCCUUCUCGCAAGAAGUCCGCGAGCGCCGCUCCAAGGCGCUGGACAACAAAGUCGAUCUGGACACCGCGAUGGCAUCCGGCAAGAUGACCUUCUUACCUCACACGGAGUCGAAAAAAGCGGAAUUGCACCUCCAGAUGCACCAGGCUCCGCAGCACAAGAUCUCGCGAUUGGCAGUCGAGACCAUUCUCGACUCCACGCCGGGGUCACCCAACGCUGUGCUCACUGAUGAAAGCGAAGUGGAUCUGGAAGAGAACGCCAUCUGGACACUUUUGGAGAUGCUACAGGAGCUCAUUGGGUUCUAUAGUAAUGAGCAGACGUAUCCACAGAUGGCAGCGGUGCUACUCCUGCUGGUGGGACCACUAUUGCCAUGCACACAUCCCCUGCCCGCUUCAGACAUCCAUCAGACGGUGUCCAGUUAUGUGGACUACUUCAUUAACAGCCUGGGCUGGAGUCCUUACGACGUGCCGUCGCUGGUCAAGCAGUGCUUUGAACGACCCAUGAAGGCUGGGUUGCAACCACUACAAGUCGAGAGCAUCAUGUCGACGUACCACGAGCAAUUGCUUCGCUAUCAACUAUUCAACGAAGCCGCUAUCCUUCGCAAGUUAUGCUAUCCCGCAUAUCCUGCUGUCUAUGAAGACUUGAUGGGUGAGAACAAGGUCCAUCUGAUGUGUGGACAGUGUAGCCGACCGAUUGCGGGGAGCUCGAGUUCGCUCCGAUGCCCCAAGUGCAAGACGAAAGAGGAGGCGUGCCCGAUCUGCUGGAUGAAGUGUAGCCCCUACCAACACCAGGGCUCUCUGCUCUACUCCUGCUGCCUUCUAUGCGGACACAGCGGCCACGCCGCAUGCCUAGAUGAGUGGUUUGUCCACGUGAAGGGAGACGCCUGUCCUACUGCGGGAUGCCUGUGUGACUGCGUGGCGGGCACCAGGAGAGAGGCCAAGCUUGCUGCGGCAGAUGCAGAGAAACGAGUGCAAGCUCAUAGUCGCGUCAAGAGCGAUGAGCUGAAGGUGAGGCAGAGUAGGGCCGUGACGGGAGCCCGCGAGCAGUUGAAGAAAUGAGAAAGAGGACCUGAGUUUUACUUGCGAGCAUAGAUACCCUUUUGGUUUCACGCUGUGUAUUUUUUGUACGUACCGUGCAAGGGACAGUUCAGCGAAGGUGGUGAAUCCGGACAAUUGUCUCUCAAGCUUCGAGCUGUUGUAUAUUGCCAGACUGUAGCGGCCACUCGGUGUGACUUUCAAGACGCGAUUCAAGCUUCGUAGACCCUCGGCGGCUCGGGUUGACAGGGGGUUGACAUAUAUAUAUAAAUUACAAUUAUUGAAUAUAG